AUGAGUGUCACACAAUCAGUGGAAGAUAAUCUUGCUAUUCUUAACAAAAACAACGACAGUUGUGAUACACCUUUGACAAGUUAAAGGAGAAUCAAUUGGAAAGUCGAGAUGAGAAAGAUGGUUUUGACAAAACUCCCCAUCAAAAAGUCUGCUCCUAGGCUAAGCCAAUCUAUUAAGUCCAAAAACAUACCAAAAAAUAUUUCUAAGGUCAUUACCUAGCAAAUUCUUAAAGGAUACUACAAUGAUCUCAUCAAAUGUAACCUCAAAACUUUCCUUUCUUUCAUUAAGAAAAAUAAAAAUAUUCUGAACCUCCCUUCACUCAUGAGACUUGUCAAACCACAUAAAAAUCCAGAAGUCAACUGUCUCCAUCAAUGCUUUAGGAAAAUAUGCUGGUAUUUUAUUAAGAAACAGUAUAUCGGCUACGUCUUUAAUUCUAAGAUCAAGGAUCCUUAAUGGCACCUAGAAUACAGAAAUGCAAUCUUAAAAAUAUUUAGAGAAAUUUGA